AGAAGUUGAAAGCGGAAGAGGCUGGGGAGAUUUUGAGGGUGAUUGAGGAGAGUGGUUAUGAGAAGGAUGAAACAGAAUGGUUGAAAGGGAUGAAGUUUAAUCGCAAUUUAUUGUUGCAGUAUUUAGCGGAGAGGAAGAAGGAGGAGAAAGUGGUGCGGAAAAAAUCCCAAAGAAUAAAAGAUAUCAAAACCAACUUAAAAAAAUAUGGAUUAAAAACUACUCCUAUUUCAGAAAAAGAUUUAGAAAGGUGGGAUAAAGAAAAGGGGAAGAAAAAUAAAUCCAAUAUUUUGCCGGAGACCAAAAAAGUUAAAGAAAGCAAGUUGCCGGCUGAAGCGGAGAGGGAUUUAGACCAAGAAAAUCAAGAACCUGAGGAAGAAUUAACAGCAAAAUUUAAAAAGUCUAAACAAAAAUCCUGUAAAA